AUGCCAUCUCCGGCGACGCCACGCGCCUCCAAAGGAGGAACGAAAGCGCAGCCCCUGGACAUCGGCGAACCUCUGGGGGCGCACGACACAAACACUGUUCGCUCCCGAGUGCGCAAAUGGCAACAACAAGGUGGCGGUGUGGUGACUGUUGAUGACCCUUACGCCGAUGACGAAAAUGAACCCAAACCCAAACCUAAGCCGGCCAAGGUCAAGGCUGAGAAACUGGAGCAGCCCAAAGACAAACCCACUGUUCGAAAGCGCAGUCACAGUACCCCGCGAAAACGAGUCGUUAGCGACGAACACUGGAAGCGAACGCGGAACCGAGCCUCGACCCAAUCCUCGCGCAACUUGCCCGCCCCGAAGCGCAUCUCGGAAUACACCACAAAUGAGGGGCAACCGAGAUCGCGGAGGAGACAUGACGACAGCGAAGAUGAUUUCGACAAAGGUCGCGAUCUACCACGGCUCUCGGUCAAGCGGGGGACGGGGCCUAGAUCUCCCAUCCGAGAGCCCAGAUCCGGGGCACGAAAGAACAUCGACACGAUCACUGAAAGCGACUACGAUACGGAUAACGGGAAGACGGUGGAACCGUCGGUGAUAUCGGAACGACUCAAGACACGAUCGCCGCCGCCGGAGGAUGCGUGGGCGACGAGCGAGGCGGACUUCUCUGAGCUAUCGAAGCGACGAGCACGCGGGGCACCGAAGCCACCAAAGGGUGGUAUCUUCGCUCAUAUGAUCGACGAGUCAAAGAAGAUAUUUGCAAAACCGGAACCAGAGCCCCCAAAGCCAACGCCUACGCCCACCACCGGCCGUGGGGCCAAGAUCGAGGCAUGGCUCUCGGAUACACAUGACCCCUUCAUGGACGAUGGAAAUAAGUGUGAUAUGCCAGCUCCUCUCGAUCUGAAGUCUGGUCGAGCAAGGCGAUCGCAGAAACUCGCGGACGGAGAGACUCCGGGUACGCAGUCUGAACCAUCCAUCGGCAGCGAGCGUCCAAAGAGCAGCUCCGAGUCUCGUCCGAAAAGUGCGGUGAGCCGUCACUCGAAAGGGAAAGAGUCAAUCUCUUCAACCGACAAGCCGUCCAAAUCGGUAGACCGAGAGGUGACAGAGCCAAAAGGCACCAGCAUCGACCGCCCCAAGUCAUCUGUCAAGAGCAAAGAUGAGCCUCCUGCCCCAGAGAAGCCGUAUGAAGAUAGCCUCGCACCCUCCGAAUCCGAGUUACAACCUUUCUCCGACGGCGGCUCUGAGGUUUCAGGCAACAAUGCACCUGUACCACUCGGGCGCAAGAAGGCUGUUCCAACCACCGGCUAUCAUCGAUUAUCAACGAUCGCGUCGGCAGAGAGCAUGAGUACUACGCUCUCAGACCUCACUCUGCCGAUUCAAAGGUCUACCCCGGCCGAGAAACGCAAGCCAUCGCUGGCUGAGGAGGAUGAGGAAGCCGAGGAGGCAGAGAAGGAAGAUCAGUUUGAUCCCGAUUCCCUUCCCGUGGUUUCUUCACAGUUGAAAAGACGAUUGACUACCCAUAAUGAUCUCAUGUCUGUGUUGUCAGUGUCGGUUUCCCGCAGGGGUAGUACCCGCUCAAACCGGAGCAUACGGACCAACAAGAGCCGUCUUGUGAACGCGACCGUUGAAGACUUGCUCCACGAGCUUUCGGGCGACGAGACCAAAUAUAUGCGCGAGCUGAAGACCCUGGUUGGGGGUGUGAUUCCAGUUCUUCUGACUUGCGUACUCUCUCGUUCUGACUCGGCGAUAGCAGCAGGCUUGUUCCGACCGUCUUUAGAUCCCGAAGAUGACGUGAACUUUUCGAAGCCGAUUGUCAACAUGGGAGUGGCGAUCGAGCGGCUGAAGAACCUCCACAAACGUAUCCCGCAGGAUAACGCAGAUGCUCUCCUGACUUGGGCGCAAGGUGCCCAGAGAGUCUACCGCGAGUACCUCAAAGCAUGGCGUCUGGGUUUCAAGGAUGUGAUUGUUAACCUUGCUCCGCGUGAAGAAGGCGAUGACAGCAAUGCCGACACGAAGAGCCUGGACGAAGGCUUGGAGCGAGAUGAGAAUGGUGACAUUAUCGACGCAGAUGGUGGGAAGGUCGAUGUUGCUUAUUUGUUGAAGCGGCCGCUGGUUCGGCUCAAGUAUUUGGCAAAGACCUUCAAGGGGAUCAAUGUUCUCGAGCCGUCUACGAAGGCCGAAGACACAGCUGUCGCAUACCAAACUCUCGUGGCGGACGCUAGAAAACGGGUUCGGGAUGAAAGGGCUAGACUGGAAGAUGAUUCUGCUGCUAGUAUUGACCCUUCGCGCACGAGAGACCCAAUGACCCUGGGUGUUCUUCACGGCAUCGGCAUCGACCAGACUCGCCGAGUGCGUGCCCGUGAUUUCUUCAACCUGUCUUUGUAUCACUCCAGUGGUCAACUUGUGGAUUGCCGUGCCGAACUGCUGUACCGAGACAAUACUUCCAGCAAGGGCCCCGGAGGCGAUCUUCUGAUUUGUGAGAUAGACCAUGCGGAUCGAUGGCUUCUGUUCCCUCCGAUGGACCUUCGAUGUGUUUCAGCUCGCCGGGGAGAAUCCAAGCAUGAGAUCAUUAUCAUGCUGCGCAGUGCGCCCGAUGAUCCCACCAAAUACUGGCAAGAACUGAUCUCUCUUCGUAUCGACGAAGAAGAAGUCGGCACCGAGUGGAUUUCCCUCCUCGGGUCGGAUCCCCUCCCACCCUCCAUAUGCCGAAGCCAAAGCUUCAUCAGCCGCGCCAAGCAGAACAGGGCUCGCAAGCCAACGAGCAGUUCCCCGCCGAGGCCCAACCCUAGUGAUGUUGAUAUUCCUAUCGGCGAAAGGGCUGGCAAGCGGCGCUCGCUGACCCAAAAGGAGCACUACUCUGAACCGAGUACAGUCAGUUCAACAUACUCGGUUUCGACUCGGGAUACUGAGUACACCACCGGUGGUUCUGAGCUAUCAGGGAAGUCUAUUCGACCGGACUUGCCUCUCCUUCCUUCGACCGACUCAAGGAACACCCCAUCUAGCCCGGACAAGACCCCCACAGGACUCAAGCGGUCCAAGGCCAAGCGGUUUUCAAGAUAUGGGGAUUCGGCCGAACCUGCAUCUCCCCAAAGUGCUGUGUCUGAGAAAGCGCCUGAGAAACCAGCUGAAAAAUCCAUUGAGGGUGAUGCCGUUGCAUCUCCACAACCUAGCACUCCAACGGGUGGCAGAUUCUAUGGUGGUGACUCUGAUCAAUCUCCAAGCAAAGCGGCGCCUCGAGAGAAAUCACGCUCGCGUAUCCCUCAGCCUCAAAAGACCCCCGUCAAAGAGCCUGAGCCAGAAUCUCCCCGGGUCUCGUCUGUGCCUUCCGCGACCCUUCCAUUAAUUCCCAAGAUUCGGACUCCGAGCAGCCAAACCCAUUUGUCCACUCCAACCGACAUUGGUCAUGAAGAAGAGGAAGAUUAUCCUCCACUUGAGUCCUUGCCAAAGCAUGAGGAUGUCCCUGAGACACCAACCAGGACCAGAAGGAAGAAGUCUCGCAGACGUCCAAGAGAUGACGAUAGCCCUCCUCCUCCCCCACCACAUCGAUCGUCUAGCCCUGCCCCCGACAAGCGCUCCAGCGCCCCAAUCCUUACCUCCAGCAGUGGCGGACUCAAGAGACGAGGCUCUUCUCCUCUCAAGCAUGAAUAUGAGCCAUCCACAGCGUCUGACUACUCCGAAACAGACUCAGAUGCCUCUACAGUGCGCCAUUACUCAUACUCCUCAUCUGAGUACUCACGAUCCGGCGACUCAUCCGACUCCGAAGACGAUUAUUCUUCCGUGUCUGAGGACGACGAUGACUACCAUGAGACCCCUAAGCCCAGAAUCCCCGAUGCGGCCACUGAAGCUAGCUCUCUCUCACCUUCUAACUCCGCGUCCCAAAGUGGCUACCGUACUGUGCCCCUACAGCCCUCCAAAACCUCCAAGGCAAUUGCGUCUGUGUUUGCCUGGUCCAACAAGGGAAACUGGGAAACAUUGCUUCCUGACGAGUGCAGCAUCGUUGUCAGCCCUGGCUUGAUAGAGGCUUUCGCCCUGGGGACCGAACCAGAUCUCAACUCAGACUCGCAAUCGUCGAGACCACUCAUUUCUCUCGAGCUCACCCCCCUGGUUCCCAUCCGCCGCGGAACAGCUAUCGACAUCAGCGUCCGCUCCCCGCCAACCGAACGAUCCAAGAUUACUUCAAGCAACAACAUCAUGUUCCGCUCCCGUAAUCCGGAUGACUGCGACGCCCUCUACGGCCUAAUCAAUCAAUCCCGAAUCAACAACCCAACCUACAUAGCUCUCCAAAACGCCCGCGGCCCCUACAACGACAACACCCCAGCCUUCGAGCCCGCCACAAAAUCAGGCGGUCUAUUCGGCUGGCCCCGCCGCCGCAAGAGCUACCGCGCCUCCAGCUCCCCACGCUCCCUAGCCGAAGGCUCGGAAAGCAGCGUGGGAACAAUGAGCAGCGCCUUCUCCGCCCUAAAGCGCUUCGGCGCCUCAAGCAAAAUGUUCAACAUCUCCCGCUCAACAAUCGAAUCCCGCCGCGAAGGUUCCGUCUACUCCGAAUCCAACUCCCCAGACUCAAAUACCGGCAUAGGCCGUAUCGCAGCCGCCAUCAAGGGCGCCGACGGAAUCGGUCUCUCAAAUGCCAAAAUCCGUCUCUAUGCCCGCGAAUCAGCUUCGAAGUGGCGCGAUCUCGGCGCUGCUCGCUUGACUAUCAUGCCUGCGCCGCCUAAGAAUCCAUCUCGUCCUACAACUAGUCGUAGUGACUCGAGUAUUCAGCCUGAUGAUCCUUCGCCGCCUGCUUCGGGUGCUGCGUCGCCUCGUCGUGCUAUCGAGGCUGAGAAGAGGAUUGUUAUUCGUGGUAAGACGCGCGGAGAGACUAUGUUGGAUGUUUGUCUUGGUGAAGAUGCGUUUGAGCGCAUUGCCCGGACGGGCAUUGCUGUUUCUAUUCGGGAAGAGGAUGAGGAGGCUGGUGUUGCGCAGAAGGGUGGUGUUGCUACUGGCUCUGGAAGGAUUUAUAUGAUUCAAAUGAAGAGUGAGGCUGAGACGGCUUAUACUUUUGGUCUGGUUGGGAAGUUGCGGUAUUGA